ACGCGGAUUUAAGAAAAAACCGGGGAUCCAGGUGCCACAGUGGUCAUUCUCCACAGUGACCGGGCACAUUACCCAGAAACGGCUCCCAGGGAGGGCAGUGGAAGCCGAGGGAUGUCAGCCCUCGUCUGGUUGCGCGGAGCAUCUUGGGAAGUGUGGUCCCGGCGCCACACCGAGGAUGCUGGGGAGUGUAGUCCCGGCGCCCUACAGAAGUAGGUCCCCAGCUGGUGGCUGGAGUGACCCCUUGUUCUUUGGUGGUGCUGGCGAGUAAGGCUCCCGUGGGACCCUUGCCGCAGCUGUGCCCUUCCCGGCGCGGAAAGCCCCUGCCUGCCCAGAGAGGACUGCCUGGUGGGCAAAGAGAGGACUCCCGGCUCCUGACAAUCCAGCUUCAGAUCUGCCUUCUGAGAUAUCAUCCUUCUUUAGGGAUACCAGGAAAAAUGGCCACAGGGUCCCGGAAAGCCAGGGUAAUGGCACACAUGGCAUUCAGAGAUGUGGCUGUGGAUUUCAGCCAGGAGGAGUGGAUGCUGCUGAGCCCUGCUCAGAGAUCCCUGUACAGGGAGGUGAUGCUGGAAAACUACAGCAACCUGGUCUCACUGGGAAUUCCGGUUUCUAAACCAAAACUUAUCACACAGCUGGAGCAAGGGAAGGAAACCUGGAGAGAGGAGAGAAAAUGCUCACCAGCCACCUGUCCAGCAGAACCAAAGCCGGAACUCCACCUGUGUCCUUUCUGCCCUUCGGAUUUUUCCAGUCAGAAGUUCCACAUGCAACACAUGCUGUGUAACCAUCCCCCCUGGGUCUUUACGUGCUUGUGUGCAGAAACUCCUGUAGAGCCAGGGGACCCCUGCCCAGGGGACCAGAAGCAGCAGCAACCAGCCUCUGAUCGAGAUUCCUGGAGUGAUAAAGCAGAAGGCCAAGAGAGAGAAGGCCCCAAGCCUCUGUUUGGCAAGACAAAGAAAAGGACUUCGGGAACGUUCUCCAGGGCACCCCAGAGGCAGCCAGUGAGCUCUAGGAGCGGCAUCAAAGGGGUGGAAAUCAAGUCCAGCCCCGCUCCAGCGGGGAACCCUGAGGAAGCGGACAGACUGUUGAAGAGGAUAGAAGUCUUGGGAUUUGGGACGGUCAACUGUAGAGAGUGUGGACUGGGCUUCAGCAAGAUGACAAACCUGCUCAGUCACCAGAGGAUUCACUCCGGGGAGAAGCCGUACGUGUGUGGGGUGUGUGAGAAGGGCUUCAGUCUGAAGAAGAGUCUUGCCAGACACCAGAAGGCCCACUCGGGGGAGAAACCUAUUGUGUGCAGGGAGUGUGGCCGAGGAUUUAACCGGAAGUCAACACUUAUCAUACACGAGAGGACUCACUCGGGCGAAAAGCCUUAUAUGUGCAGUGAGUGCGGGCGAGGCUUCAGUCAGAAGUCAAACCUCAUCAUACACCGGAGGACACACUCAGGGGAGAAGCCCUACGUGUGCCGGGAGUGUGGGAAAGGCUUUAGCCAGAAGUCUGCUGUCGUGAGACACCAGAGGACACACUUAGAGGAGAAGACCAUUGUGUGCAGUGAUUGUGGGCUGGGCUUCAGUGACCGGUCGAACCUCAUCUCACACCAGAGAACACACUCGGGGGAGAAACCUUACGCCUGCAAGGAGUGCGGGCGCUGCUUUAGGCAGAGGACGACCCUUGUCAACCACCAGAGGACACACUCCAAAGAGAAGCCUUACGUGUGUGGAGUGUGUGGACACAGCUUUAGCCAGAAUUCAACCCUCAUCUCACACAGGCGGACACACACCGGGGAGAAGCCCUAUGUGUGCGGGGUGUGUGGGCGCGGCUUUAGUCUGAAGUCACACCUCAACAGACACCAGAACAUACACUCAGGGGAUAAGCCCAUCGUGUGCAAGGAUUGUGGGCGAGGCUUCAGCCAGCAGUCAAAUCUCAUCAGACACCAGAGGACACACUCCGGGGAAAAGCCCAUGGUGUGUGAGGAGUGCGGGCGAGGCUUCAGCCAGAAGUCAAACCUCGUUGCACACCAGAGGACACACUCAGGGGAAAAGCCGUACGUGUGCAGGGAGUGUGGGCGAGGCUUCGGUCACCAGGCAGGUCUCAUCAGGCACAAGAGGAAACACUCGAGGGAGAAGCCGUACAUGUGCAGGCAGUGUGGACUAGGCUUUAGCAACAAGUCAGCUUUAAUCACACAUAAACGGGUACAUUCAGAAGAGAAGCCUUGCAUGUGCAGAGAGUGUGGCCAGGGCUUUAUCCAGAAGUCACACCUCGUCUUACAUCAGAUGACACACCAGGGGGAGAAGCCUUAUGUGUGCAAGAUGUGCGGCCAAGGCUUCAGCCAGAAGUCCCACCUCAGCAGACACAGGAGGACGAAAUCUGUCCACUACAAACCGCCACUCACGCCUGACUCUGAGGCCUGUUCCGGACAGUCUCCCGACCUCUUACACUCUCUUUGAAAGUGCGGAUGGUGAGGAGGACUAAGUAAUCAAGAUUGUUACACUUCCUUGAAUUGAAGUAGAGAAAUGCGUUCCGUAAGCGGUCAAAGGACAUUUGACUCAGUUCACUUUCUCCACACUAAGUCUUCAUGUUUUGUGGCCUUUUGUUCUAAUAAACAUUGCUUCUUUACAAAUCUG